GAAAUUCGUGCACCCAUCAUCUCCCAGCCUGCAAAUAAUAUAAGAGUGUUCUCUGCUGACAAGCCCCUCCAUAAAGUGCAGCCAUGUCUUCGGACCCUGAGAUGGCCAUCUUUGGGGAGGCGGCUCCUUACCUCCGAAAGUCAGAGAAGGAGAGAAUUGAGGCCCAGAACAAACCUUUUGAUGCCAAGUCAUCUGUCUUUGUGGUACAUGCAAAGGAAUCCUUUGUGAAAGGGACAAUCACGAGCAGGGAAUCGGGAAAAGUCACUGUCAAGACUGAAGGGGGAGAGACCCUGACCGUGAAAGAAGAUCAAAUCUUCUCCAUGAACCCUCCCAAGUAUGACAAAAUCGAGGACAUGGCCCUCAGGCUCUACCUCCAAGCUCAUGUUUUGGGUGUGCUGCCUCUAUCUCUACAGCCCAGAGUGUAA